UCUUUUCUUUUGUCGGUUUCAGCUAACCAACCACCUCUAAAAAGAAAGCGUUUUUUCACAAAAAACGAUUUCAAUAAUGCAACCGAAAAUAAACAGAGUACGAGUACCAGUGCAAAUAUCUCAAAUGAGGAAAUUAUGGAAACCUUGAAAGUGGUCCUAAAAACCCAAAAUGAAUUGAUAGAAGGCAUAAAUAUAAUUAACCAUAAUCAAACCACCAUUGUUCAAAACCAAAUCCAAAUCUCCGAGGUAUUGGAACAGGUUCAGCAAAACGCCGUUAAUAAAAGUGAAAUGGAAGCGCAAAAUAUGAUGUUACGAGAAUGCAAGGUGGUAGCAAAGAAGAUUGAGAGGUCGGUUUGUCGAAUGACUGGAGAAAUUUCUGACAAAAAUUUAGAUGACAUCGCCAGUUCUCUGCCACUGCAGUCCGAUUGCGCUGUGGAUUUAAUGGAAACCAAGUUACGAGAUCCAGAGUAUGCACAAGCCAUGGCCACAUAUAUCAUAAAAUUAAAAGGUGUGUCUGAGGACGUAGGCAGCGUCAUUAAACACUUAUUUACGGACGAAACAUUGCUGCAAUUCAACUGGGACGGAAGAUGGGAGAGAAAACCCCUGAACAAACUCAUACUGGUUGACACAAUCCUACGAGAUGCAUAUAACAAGAAAGGUGCAGUUGAGUUGGAAAAGGAUAUCAAAAAGGCAGUUGAGCUGAGCCAUCACCGCUUACGCCAAACAAAUUUUUUAACAAAAAAAUCAAAAAACACAUCAUCUGGAAAUCUAUAAUUUUAAGAUUAUUUAAUAUUAGAUUUAAGUACGUACAUAUGAACGCUAGUGUCAGAAAUAAUAUGAACGCCUUAUUUUGACUAAUUUUUCGCUAAAUUACCUUUGUUUUUUAAUGUUUAAUGCUUAUUUAAUAUUCAAUGUUUAUUUAAUGUUCGAUGU